UUGAACUGAAACGAGCUUCAGACAAGUACAUUCACCUGCACCAAGCUAGGCAUUUGAAUUUGACAGUUUAGCUAUCAACUAAUUUAAUUUUAAAUGGCCCAAAGUGUUUUUUUUAUAAGUCAAGUAAUUAUCAGACGCUCAAUUGAAAAUCAUUUUUGUGAGUAUAUUUCUGGAGAAAAGUUGAACACAAUUUGGAUUUGAUGUGAAGUUCAAAAUGUGUUUCCUAAGCGAUUCCUGUUUUUUCUUUUUGAUUGUGGGGGCUGUUGCUGUCCAUGCAUCCCCGGCAGGCUGUCCCGUGGAGGGUAGGUCUGUGAGGACUCCACCCAGGGGCGGAAAUGUGUCCCCUAUCAACCAGUUUCUGGAGACAGAAGUGAGAGCGCCGGGCGUCAACAUCAGCAAAUACCUGACUGACUAUGGGUACAUGAGUGCGGAGGACGAGGGGGACGAGGCGAAGGAGACAGAAGCCAUCUACCAGUUCCAGAAGUUGGCGAAUGUAAACCCGACUGGACGUCUGGACCUGGAGACAGUGUUCUCCAUGAACAAGCCCAGGUGUGCGAAUGAGGACAAACUGCCAGGCAAACACGUGGAGUACUCCAAGUUCUUCGAGGCACCAGUCGAGGCGCAGAACGACUCCCUCUGGAGAUUCAAACUCGGACCCACCGGAAAGUGGAAAGACAAGGAUAUCACGUGGAAGAUCAACAGGUACACGAAUGAUCUGCCCAGAGAGACUGUGCAUUCUACGAUGCAGAAGGCAUUCCAGGCGUGGGCGACGGUGUCCGGACUAACCUUCCGGGAGGCCACUCAGUGGGAGGACCCAGACUUCGACAUCCAGUUCGUGGCUGGAGACCACGGGGACGGAUCUGCAUUCGACGGACCAGGGGGUGUUUUGGCCCAUUGCUUCUACCCGCAGAACGGAAGAGCCCACUUCGACGACGACGAAACAUGGUCUGUGGGCAUUAACGAGCCCAACGCCAUCAACCUGGAGUGGGUGGCCAUACACGAGUUCGGUCAUGGCCUGGGUUUGGACCAUAGCGAGAUAUUCGACGCAGUCAUGUACCCCUUCUACCCGAGCUUCACUGAGACCAUCAACUUGAGGCCGGACGAUAUCGACGGAAUCCAAACCCUCUAUGGACCUGGAACUGGAGGAAACGCUGCUACUCAAGCUCCAGUUGGGACCACCCCAAGACCAACUACUGUUCCUUCCAGAGGUCAUUCUUCAUCACAUGGACCCUUCGCUGGGAGUUCAUCGCAACCCCGGUCUUGUCCGGUACCCACAAUGAACGCCGCCUUCGUCGACCACCUCGGUCAGGUGCAGAUGAUUUCCGACGACGAAAUCUGGAGCUUCACAGAUCGAGGCGUGAAUACUCUGAGUCCUACCCAAACGUGGAGAUACAACAUGUACUAUCCACGAGACGUGAAUGCAGUCGUGACUGUUGACUCGGGUCUCACUUACGUGUUCUCGGGAAUGCAUGUGUUUGAGUUCGACUACAGAAGUCAAUUCCCUGCUCUGAAGUACGUCGAGUACAUGGGAAUCAGUACGGAUACCAAGAUUGACGCGGCAUUGCUGUACCCUACCAACAAAGCCAUCUACAUUUUCCAGGGAACCCAAUACUACAAAGUUGACCCCACAACUCUCGAAAUUGAGCCUUCGUAUCCGAGACCAAUCUAUCUGUACUGGUCUGGAGUGCCGGACAAUCUGGACGCAGCGUUGGCCUACAAAGGAGAUGUGUACGUGAUCAAAGGAGACCGCUACUGGAAGUUCGACACUGUCACCAACGAGGUUCCCGCUGGAUACCCGAGGUCUGUUAACGAAGACUGGUUCAACUGCGACAGUCAGAUGUCUGGAAAUAUCCAGGGAGAGCCAUGACUUGAUCUCAGAAGCAGCACAGAGUUCGAAGUCGAACUUCAAACGGAUGAUAUUGCAUCUUCAACCAUUAUACCUAUUGUAAAUUCAUUUAACAUGUUUGUUUUGCUGAUGGUAAUAGAAUUUAUGAUGUAAUAUGCAUAACUGUAAAUACUUUUUGUCCCUUGUACAUUGUGAAUCAAACCAAACCAAGAGUGGUUGCUGAACGAAAUCGUUAAUUGUGAAUACUUUAGCUAAAUAAAUAUUAG